GCUCCGCGAAUCUAAAUGCCUCUUCGGAGAGGCCGCGCGAAGGCCAGACCCGCGUCUGACCCUUUGACGGCCUGUUUGGACGCGAACGGAACCUACAUCUGCACCUCUUUCAACCCCCGCUGCUACAUAAUACAGAAGGUGACUGCACCUUCUCAUCCGCCCAAUAAUGCAGAAGCUGUAGAAGUAAGGUUUGAGGAAGCACCCCAACAAGAAUCAAACCUUGAUCCAAACAUACCCCCAUUUUUCUGGUAUCCACCGCCACCACUGCCCCAUGGUUACAGUAAUCCCUCCUUGUCGUUAAUGAAUGGCAAUGUCUCGCAGCCCAUCGCCCCUAGGGCAGUGUUCAACAACCAAAUCCAUGAAGCGGCAUCAGAGAACAAUCUUGAUGCUAUUUUGUCUUCCGAAAGGCUAGAGGGUGGUAAAUAUAAAGAUGAAUUGGUACAAACAGUACCGCAACCAAGUGUUCCCCAGGAAAUUCCGAGGGAAAUCCUGAAGAAGAAUUUGACUAAACAACUCAAUUUUUAUUUUUCCACUCAGAAUCUAGCAAGUGAUAGGUAUCUGCUGUCGCAGAUGGACAAGGAACAAUUUGUCCCCAUUUGGACGGUUGCCAACUUUAACCUGAUCAAAAAGCUUACGAAUGAUAUUGAACUCAUAACAGAGGCUUUGGCUGAAUGCGUCAAUGUGCAGCUCAACGAGUCGAGGACAAAGGUUCGUCCCAACUAUCAACGUUGCGUUGUCAUACUUCGCGAGAUAUCUCAAGAUACUCCUGUCGAAGAUGUCAAAGAGUUGAUAUCUGGGGAAGGAUGCCCUUCCUCCGUUUCGUGCGAGUUUGCCGGUAACAACGCAUGGUACAUAUCUUAUGCGACCGACGAUGAUGCUCAGGCGGCAUACACCUUCAUCAGGGAGAACGUUAAAGAGUUCCGCGGUAAACCCAUACAUGCUCGCAUAAAGGCCAGGCCGACGGCCAACGUUCAAGCUGGUGGCACUUUCAAGAGCAGUUGGACCCCACAACCUACGAAUGCUGUUUACGACCCUGCUUCAUAUCCUCCCAACCAACAAAGGUUCAUGUACGCAAAUGGGGGGACUCACGCACAGAUGCCAUUACCUCCCAAUCAGUUUUACUAUCAGCAGUUCGCUCCAGGACCUUUGAUACCUUAUGUGCCGUGGCAAACAAAUGGCUUUUUCGAUAUAAGUACAGUGUUUCAAGUGAACGGCUUGGCUCCUCAAGCGCCCCACAAGACCCCGUUCAAGAACAACGGAAAGUCCAAGAAGAAAACCACCGGCCAACCUGAGCAAGGGCCAGCAGCCACUUGUUCUAAUGCUGCCAGACUGCCACAACCUCACAUGGCCGCCGCUAAUAGGAGCAAUGCUAACAUCAGGGGACCGCCACAGGCUAAUGACUUGCCCGAAGCCAGCAUGCCUAUGACUGUACCGUUUGUUUCACAUGCUUUGCCACUGAUCGAUAUGUCGUUGGGCUACGGCUAUGUACCCCAGCCUUUGGCUAUGGCCAAGGAGCCAAUGCCACCUCGCCAUCGUAGAAGGAGGAGGGACGAAGAGAAUGUCGCCGGUCCUAGUCAGCCUCAAGAAGUGGAACAGAGGACCUUCGAUUUAGGUCACUCCGCUUUCCCACCCUUGAAGACCAAUUCUCGACGAAUCAACACCAACUCUGCAGAAAACCAGGAAGAGUUGAACGCAGAACAACCUUCCGUUCAGGCUGCCGAUACUAUGCCAUGGUCUGAUCACCGCAUCGUAGAUAUACUGAGGGGAAACACUGCUUCUAAAAGCAGUAGCCCUUCAACCUCCAGUAAAGGCUCCCUGAGUGCAAAUGACAACGAGUCCCCGAGAGCUGGUUCUCCACGAAUCAAUGACUGCAGAGAGGCCCCCGAAGAUAUCGAGGCCGCAUUUAGUUCUGCUCUUACGCUUACCCCUCCAAUCUCACCUGAAAAAAACCAGGAUGCCAAAUGUACUAUGACUGAUAAAUCGACGAAAACAGACGAUGUUCUCCUCAAUGGAGAAUCGGAGGUCUGUCCCACCACAACAAAUGCUGCUACUAUGACGACCGGUGCAGAAUCCAGCACAGCUAGGAUAGAAGCGCCCAAACCUUCUGUUUCAUCUAACACACCGCCUCGCAUGAGUUACGCUCAAGUCGCCCAACAUCCCAAAGAGGGCGGCAAUCAGAAAGAAAAGAACCCCUCUAUCGACGGCGAAUCCCCGGCAUCCUCUCUUCAUAACGGCGACAAAAAGGGCAAAGAUAUCCCGACUAAACAAGAAAAGACAGAAAGGAACAAACAGGAACCAUCUAGAAGUACGGGGGCGCCCAACGGUCUGACAAGAAGACAGAGGAAAGCGAGGAAAAAUUUGUCGUAAGAAUUGUGCUAGGGAUUGAUUUGCGCGCGUUGAAUUUGAAACGAAGACUACGAAGUGAUGUUAGUUGUAUAUAUAAAAUUGGACAUAGUAAGCAACAAUGCAGACAUCAAACGAAUCUUAUGUUCCUAUAAUCCAUUGAAUUUACUGGAAAGUGACCGGUAAUCUGUCGCGAUCAAUGAAACAGGAAUAUAGUGCUAUGUUGCCGUCUCUGGUGUUCCCAUCAUAGCAUUUGUUUUUCUUUUGUUGUACAGGCUAAAUCGUGGUUUAUUUUUAACUGUAGGAAUUUACCACCAUAUUAAUUAAGAUGUAUAGGGGAGUGUAGUUCUAUAUUGUAUAUUGUUGUUGCGCGCAUUGUCCUCUGUUGCUAUUGGCCACCGAUUCUUAUUCGAAUAAUGCGCUUUUGAAACUUUUGAUUCCAAAAAUUUGCAUAUAAGUUUAAACAUUUCUCCCUCUUCCAAGGCAUUUGGAAUUCGCGCCGAUAUUCAUUUCUCAUUUUAUUCUUUAACGGACGUAUUUCGAAAUUUUUUAACUGUCAACAUCUCAAAAAUGUCAAUUUUUAAGUUAAGUUUUCAAAGGAUUCUUUUGAAGUAGUUUAUUUUUAUUAUUCAAGUGAUGCCUCUCUCUUUCCGAUUUCAUUGAUUGAACGUUAACUAGCUGAAGGGUUCCUGAAACGAAGCCUUCAGUUUCAAAUACCCGAAGGUAUUUACGAGAAUAAGCGAUAAGCGACCGAUAAGGUCCCGUUGGACGUGAAAUCUUCAAUGUUGAAUUUGAUUUGGUAGAAUAGGCAAAUUUUUAAAGUUCGAAGAUUUUAACUUUUAUUUUUGUCUCUCUUGAAGGUUGUAGUGCUAUGGUGGCAUAACUAAAAUACAAUAAAAUUAAUUUUAUUGUCACUUACUGGCUGUGUAUGUAAAUAACAAAAAUCAAACAGUGUCGAAGCAACAGUUAGGGUAAUGCGUUCUUUCAGUUAUCAGUAUCUGAAAUUGAAGACUUAGCUGAAAUUUGUGAAAGAUUUUUUUGAUUGACUCUGAAUACUUUUGGAUUGAUACUAUUCAUUGUCGCACUACCCCAUAUUAUUUAUUACCUAUCAACUUUCUUUGAAAAAAAAAUUUAAAAAUAUAAAAUCCAAAAAAAAAAAUUAAAUGAAAACAACAAAAAAAUUUAAAAAUUGUAAUUUUGUACAUAUCCAAAUUUCAUCACUUGUACAUUUCUAGUUUUAAUUUUUUUGUUGCUGUGUUUGUAUUAGGUAUGGUUGCCAUUUAGCAAAUAAAACAACAAAGAAUUUGUAUAUAACAAAAUUUUUUUUUUCAACGAUUUUCAUCUCCCUCAGGUUCAAAACUGAAUAUAACACAGUUGAACUGUUGAUAUUCAUCAUUCCAGGAAAGUACUUCUGAAAGUUUUUCCAUAUUCUUGAAUAAAAUGGAAAAACUAAUAAUAUGAAGAGAAAUAUUCCAAGUUCAGACUACUUGCAGAAUUUGAAGAAUUCUGCUGCAUUGUGAAAAUUGAAGAUUUCGGAGGAAGUACUUCCACUCAAAAAAUUUUCAGAAGAUGAAAAUAGUUUUGGACUUGGGAAGAUCGAAAAAACGGCAAAAAUUUUUCAUUUUCAAUGUGGCUAAAAGCAGAUUGGGCAUUCAAAAUGUUAGUGAAAAAAUUCUAGUUGAAGUGAAAGUGUGAUAGAAGACCGAUCGCUUUGAACCUUUGGAAGAAAAAUGAAAAUUUGAUUUAUUUUUGAAGAAAUACUUUCAAGAUCCAUCUCGAAAUGUGAUUUUAGGACUUAAUAAGACUGAAAAUUGGGGAUAUUGAAAGAAAGUUUCUUCUAAAGUGAGAAUUUUGGGAUAGGAAUGUCUGGAUUAUAAAAAACCGGAAAAAAAAGUUCUAGUAAGACAUGGUCUUACUGUUAAAAUACUGGAAAAAUAUGGUUAUGAUUGAAUGAAAAAUUCCCAUGAACAUUCGGUGUGAUCCAACGAAUUCGACUCGUUUUAUUGGAAUUGAAGAAAAACAGUUAAUGGAUCUAUGAUUACCAGAAUUAACUGAAUAAAAUAUUGUUGCUUUCUUUAACUCAUCAUUGAAACAGGUCUCGCUCCCAAUCUUCAAGUUUCUUGAGUAUUUAUCGUUUUACGAAAUGUACAAAAAAAAAAAAUUAUCGAAUGAGAUUUAUGUUGAUUAAAAAUCUUAUUGGAGUUAUUCGAAAAUCAACAUCGAAUUAUCCUAGAAAUGUGAUGCUAAAAUUCAGACAAUAGAAAAAAUAAUUCAGAAAGUUGUAAAGAUUGAAAUUUUCCCUCAUUUGUCCUAAAUAUGAUGCUGAAUAUUGUCCCUAAUUAAAUUUAAGGUACUUGAAAUGCAUAUAAUAUAGGGUAGUGCAGUCAGUUAUGUUAUCACGAAGUAUAAGGGGUGAACAUUCUGGCUGGUACAUUGAUAUUGGUGUGUUUAUUUUAGCACUUUCAUUUAUUCAUAAAGAUUAAUUUUUUGUUCAUUAUGUGUGCAAGUUUCUUUUUAAUAUUCCUUUCAUUAGUUUUGCAGGGGUGCUGAUUUUUAGAUACAGUUAAUUUUACACAAAAUACAGUUAUUUGGUAUGAUUUAACAUUAACAGGCCUUUAUUAGGUUUAAAUAUAGUAUAAUGUUGACACAGAAAUGGUUUUCAUAUUUUAAUGACUGGCAGUGUUUCUAGUUUUUACAUUUUAUUGUAUAAUGCACCCUUGACAUAUUUUUUACACAGAUAUUUUCAAAUUAUGGAGUUUUUUGUUUCUAGUCUAAUGAUAUGUAUAUUUGAAUCGAGUUUAAGAUAUCGUUAAGUUUGAAACUACAGCAGGUGAUGGGAUUUGCUUAGAAGUUAGUUAUAAUUUUCUCAGAUUAGGUUCAUUGAAAUAUCCUUCCUAUUCUCGUCACCUUCGGUCCUCCAUUUGUAUAACUUUGUCUAAAAGUUGAAUAUUCAUCACCCCUGCUCUAUUUGUAUGGUAUUUCAGCUGUACUGAUUAGCUUCUGUUGCCUAUUAAAAUUGUUUUAUAAAAUA